UCGGGGCUCGGUUCGGUCGAUGCGGGCGCCGUCUCUCUGUGCUCGUUCGCUUAGAAAACAACAACAACAACAACGACGACGACGGCGGCGGCGGCAGCAGCGGGGAGGAGGAGGAGGCCAAGGCGUUGGUGUAGGCGGCGGCGAGAGCCUCCACCGGCAGGCGAGAGGAGUCGGACGCACGGGGAGGAAUGUUGACCAAGCAGAGCAAGCAGCGUUCGUUUCCCCGGCUGGUGUGCUCGUGCCUGGGUGGUGGUGGCGGCAGCGGCGGUAGUGGGGAGAGAGGAGGAGGUGUUGGGAUCAAGGAUGGGGAGGGCGGUGACGACAGCCUCAUCCUUGACCUCUCCCAUACGCGUCUCCACACGGUCCCCCCACAAGUGUACACGCCAGCCAGUGCUCAGUCUCUGCAAGAGAUUCACCUGGACGGAAACUACAUUCAGGACUUGCCCAAGGAGCUGUGCGCCCUGCCUCUGCUGCGGGUUCUCAGCGUCGCUGACAAUGACCUGGCCAGCCUGCCGCCUGCCAUCGGAGGCCUGGCCGGCCUGCGUCGCAUCGACGCAAGUCGUAACGAGCUGCGGGACAUCCCAGACAACAUCAGGAGUUGCAGGCAACUGAGUGUGGUGAAUGUGAGCAACAACACACUCUCCAGGCUGCCGGACGGCCUUACGCAGCUGGUGAGCCUGACGGAGCUCUACCUCAGCGACGUGCUCCUGGAGUUCCUGCCGGCUAGUCUGGGGCGGCUGUGCAAGCUGCGCGUGCUGGAGCUGAGGGACAACCACCUCAACUCGCUGCCAAAGGCUAUGCACCGGCUGAGCCAGUUAAGACGACUGGACCUGGGCUGCAAUGACUUCAGUCACGUGCCGCCUGUGCUGCAGCAGCUGACCACCCUACAGGAGCUAUUGAUGGACGGAAACUCUCUGCUCAUCCUCCCCGCGAUGCUCGGGCACUUGGCUGCGCUCAGCUACCUGGACGUGAGCGAGAACCGCCUGUGCACCGUCGCAACGGAGAUUGAGCGCUGCCAGGACCUGCAGGACCUGCUCCUGUCGUCCAAUCAGCUGCCGUGCCUGCCUGCCUCUCUCGGAGGCCUCAAGAAGCUGAAGACGCUCAAGGUGGAUGGAAACAAGCUGACAGAACUCCCCGGCACCAUAGGAGGGCUGCUGCUGCUGGAGGAGUUUGACUGCAGCUACAACGAGCUGGUGACGCUGCCGCGCACCAUCGGGCACCUGCACCACAUGCACACGCUGCUCGCCGACUUCAACAGCCUCACUCACCUCCCCCCAGAGGUGGGGAGCUGCCGCGCCGUGCGCGUCGUGUCCCUGGCCAGCAACCAGCUGGCCUGGCUGCCCUCGGAGAUGAGUCGCCUCCAGCGGCUGCGCGUGCUCAACCUCGCGCACAACCGGCUCCGGGCUCUCCCCCUCUCCUUCAUGAGACUGCGUUCCCUCUCCGCCCUCUGGCUCUCCGACAACCAGUCCAAGCCCCUGGUGCCCCUGCAGAACGAUGUGGACUCGGAGACGGGCAUGCGUGUGCUGUCAAACUACAUGCUGCCGCAGCCAGACACGCAGACAUACGACGACGAGGAGGAGGAGGACGAGGAGGGCGAGCAGCCGGGAGAGGAGGGCACGUUGGAGCGGGCGGUGACGGAUCCGGUGUCCGGCGAUGGCACUGAGAGGGGCAGCCACCGCGUGGCGUUCUUGUGCGACUCCAGCGUGGACAGCGUGGACCUUGUGGAAGAGCCAGGGAACGAGGACGGUGCACGCAGCCCUCUAUGCGAGGUUUUAAAGAUGAAAUCAGACGAGGAGGAGGAGAACGAUGAUGAUGGCGAUGGCGAUGAUGAAGAGGACACUUUUCAGGAUGAGGAUGGUUACAGUGAGCAUGAUGAUGAUGAUGAGGCGGAUGAAGAGGAGGAGGAGGAGGAAGAGGAUGACGGCAUGGAAAUGAGGAUGGCCGAGCUGCUGCCCCCUAUCUCGGAUCGGCCGCUGGUGGUGCCAACGUUAAUCAGCCUCGACUCUGCUCUGGAGAGCGGGGUUGAGGAUCCGAGCUUUGGCGGCCAAUCUGACGCCGGCCACGCCGACGCCAGCACCACCACGCUGCCCUGGCUGCUGGGCUACGACUGUCUGCUGGUGGAGGAGGAGGAGGAUGGCGACAACAAUAGCGGCGGUGCCGAUGCGAUGCUGGGCCCGGGCGGGCUCGCGGCGGACGGCUCCUCCCGUGUCCCGGAGACGGGCGACCGGACCAGCGGGGCCACGGUCGAUGAGUCUCCGUGCGUCCUCAACGCGACCGGUUCCCCGCUCGUCUUCAGCCAGAGCGGUCCGCCCAGCCGUCCCAUGGCUCACAGCCCUCAACCUGUUUUUGCUGACAACAGUCCGAGUGGUAUCCGUGACGACAGUCCUCCGAAUUGUAUCCGUGACAACAGUCCUCCGAGUGCCGUCCAUGAUGACAGUUCUCCGAGUGGUAUCCUUGACAACAGGCCUCCGAGUAGUAUCCGUGACGACAGUCCUGCGAGUGCCGUCCAUGAUGACAGUUCUCUGAGUGGUAACCAUGACGACAGUCCUCCAAGUACUACCCAUUCCGACAGUCCUCCGAGUGGCGUCCGGGAUGACAGUCCUCCGAGCGUUGUCAAAGCGGAAGAUGACUCGGUGAACAUCCUUGGUGAAGAGAUUUUACGGGAGUGUUCGUCACAAGAACCGUCCGGCGGUGGUGGCGACAACGACGUUGACAACGACGUUGACAACGACGUUGACAACGACGUUGACAACGACGUUGACAACGACGUUGACAACGACGUUGACAACGACGUUGACAACGACGUUGACAACGACGUUGACAACGACGUUGACAACGACGUUGACAACGACGUUGACAACGACGUUAACAACGACGUUGACAACGACGUUGACAACGACGUUGACAACAACGAGGUCGCAGAGGCGACUUCCCCGGAUCGUCCACCUGAGCCGGAGGGCGCCGCUCGUGCUGGCGUGAUGCGCGGUGCCGCCAAGGCCGUGGUGCUGCAGGCGGGGGGGGCGGCCGUGGCGGCGUUGGUGGUGGUGGUCCACUCGGAGCCCCCGCGUGCCGUACGCGUGGAGCCCUGGCAGGUGAGGGUCAUCAAGCGGAACGUGGAUGGACGGCGAGGAGACACGGAUAAAGAACAAGAAGACGAACGCCAAGAGAACAUCGUAGGGCAAGGUGCAGGGGACGGGAGAACGCCGACGCACGCGGACUCGGGGGUAACCUUGCCCGGCCCGAGCCAGGAGAGUUCCACGCGAGAAUCGGUGACGGCACGCGAGGAGUGGCCGUCCUCGCCGCGUGGCCCCUCGACGCCGUCCCAUCGCGGCACACCGUCCCCCCCGUUGCGCCGCGUGCCGGCUCCCGCGGAGCGCGCCGCCGAGAUUGCGACUCCCGUGGCCGGCCAUGGGGCGGCCUCUCCAGCGGAGCGCGGCGCCGCGGCGUCCGUCCCGGAGCCCGACGCGACGUCGGCACGACGCCCUGGGACGGCGUUCGCCCCGGGUCGCUGGGAGAGCGCGAUGCGGAGGGACGCGACGACGACGCCGCCACCGCUGCCCCCCAAGAGGAGGAAUGCGCAGCAAGCCAGCUCGGUGGCACCGCGCGGUGCAGCGCACGGCCAGCCGCACCGCCUGUGCUGCGAGCACCGGGAAUAUCCUCAGGACCACCACCACGACCACCACCAGGAACGUCACCAGGACCACCACCAGGAGCACCACCAGAACCGCGUGCCCCCGCUCGCACAGCCGGGUCCGCCCACGUGGCACGCCGACCGCCGCCUACACGAAGCCGAUGCCGCUUGUCCGGCUCGCACAGACUGCGGCCUUGCAACGCGGCACGCAUUGCAUGUGGACACGGCAGGAGCAGCGGCAGCGCACGCGCAGAUCGCACCGCAGUACGGCUCGCAGGAAGCGCACUGGCACGAUGGCCGUGAGCACCACCACCACGAUCGCUACGAUCGACGCGACCGCCAACACGUCGUCCACCACCCCCCGCGCGUUCCGCGCCGCGCGGGCGCGGUGGGCCAGGUGCGCGCCUCCCGUGGCGACCCCUGUCCCGGCGUCGGCGUGCCACCGGCGGCCGCGGCGCACCUGCCGCUGCACACCGCCGAGCGCAUGCAGCUCGCCGCGUCGCGUGCCAACUACUGCGACACGGUGAUCGCGGGCGCUUGCCACGGCCGCCGCAGCCCGGACGGCGCACGGGCCAACUACGCCGUCCCUCGGCCGCCCACGCAGCCGUCGGCCCCUUGGCGCGCCGCCCCGGCCGCCGCCGCCCCCCCCGCUUGCCCGUCCCACCGGCCCUACGGCCCGCCGACCGCGCCGUGCGCGAGCCCGCACCUCCACCGCCGCGAAGAGAUGAGGCCUGAGCCUGUGGCGGAGCAGAUUUCGCCGCCCUGGCCUCGCCACGACUGGCAUAGGCCGGACGCUCGCCAGUGCCCUCCGCACGCACAGCCGCAGCAACAGCAGCCGCAGCAACAGCCGCAGCCACCGGGCCGGGAGGCAGCGAGGGCCGUGCCGCGGCAGCCGUCCCGCGAACAGCUGAUCGACUUCAUCCUGCAGCGCAUCACACAGCCGCCCGCGCCGGCCCCGCCGCCACUAUCGCAGCCCCAGUCACACGCAGCACUGGAGCUGGGGGAGACCGGCCACGCGCAGGAGCUGUGUGUGGUCCUGGUGAAGCGGCCCGGCCUGGGAUUCAGCAUCGUGGGGGACGCGGGGACCCAACCUCGCUCACAAACGGGUAUCUUGGUGCACAGAGUGCAGCCUGGCGGGCCAGCGGAGGAGGUGCUGAAGCCUGGAGAUGAAAUCCUUCAGGCCAAUGGCAUCCCCCUGCAGGGGUUUACUCAGGCCGAGGCGGUGGCUCUCCUCAAGUCUCUCCCCAGCAGCGUGCAGCUGUUCGUGACUCGCCGCGUCGCCUGACGCCGCGUGGCCCCCCACGUGGUGCCCCACGUGGUGCCCCACGUGGUGCCCCUCCCUGGCGCCCCGCUCCGGCCUCUCCUCCCCGCUCCGGCCCGCUCCAUCGUGCGGGACGUUCUCGCCUCGUCUCCGCCGUCUCUAUCCACCUCUCGUCCUCCGUACUCUCUCCACUGGCCUCCAUUCCAUUGUUAUCCGCAUGCGUCUCUCAUCGGACAUCCCAAGUCGUCCGUUUCGUCUGUUACCAGAGUUUUCAUUUUCAUCCCUUACCGCGUUUACAAAUCCUCACCCUCAUACGGUCAAAUUCUUCACCGCUCGUUCGUUCGUUCAUGUAUAGCAUUUGUAAGGUGUGACGUCCUCGCUUGUUCUUCCGUUGGAGACUUGGGUCUGUGCCCGAACUCAUCGCUCGCGACAAACAAGAAGAUAUCAACUUGGCACACCGUCGUCACGCUGGCAAUCGUCCCGUCAUGAGAAGCCGUCCGACGAACAGACUCUUUCCCCAGCGCCCGUGAUGUUCGACCGCAUCAGCUAUCCAUGCGUACGGCUUUCUCUCUCGUACGGCAUUUGCCCAAAUGUCGUAACUGUGUGCUGAGCUUGGUAAUCCAUCCGGUGGCAUCGGCAGCCGGUUGAUCUGUGGCGACGGUGCCCCCCGUGUGAGCGCGUGAUGGGCAGCGGUGCAGUGCGUGGUGACGCGAUGGACGGAUCGCGCUUGCCACGCUCGCGACCGGAGGCGACUUCUCUGCAUUUGUGAUGGGAGAUGAGACCGCACCUGCAUGCAUGUGUAUGUUCCGUGCGUGUGUAUAUGCCGUGCGUGCCGCGUGCGCUCUGCGCUGCUCAGAGUCGACGCAGCUGUUUGCACUUGAGCGGUGAGCGUCAAAGGUUUGUGCCUCCGUUUUGUAAAAAAACUAAAAAGUGGUAAAAUAUUUUUGUACUAUUUUGUAAACAUUCAAUGAAGUUCAAUGAGACGAUUGUUA